GUAAACUUAUUUCAAGAGAAUUUUUCUUAUUAUAUUGACAGAUUUUUUAUUUUUUUGCUUGUUUUAAGCACACAUUUACUUAAAAUUUAUAUUUUUUGUCUAAACUAUACUUAUUUUGCUAGGUCAUUUAGCAAAUCAAGAAAAUACAUAUUUAUUUAAGAUUUUUUUUAUAUUUUUACCGAAAACAAGACAAAAAUACCAAGUCAUUUUUUGCAGUGUGACUCCAUCAAAUGUUCUUGUGAUAAAUAAUGUGUGUGUGUGUGUGCGUGUGAUGUAGAUUAAACAUGAACGGGCCAAAACGGACAUGGCAGCAGGUCAAAAUCAAAUACAAGAACAUUCUGCAGAAUGCAGUGAAAAAGAAUACCCACAGACAAGGCACAGGUGGUGGGUCACCAAAGGCUGACCUUACCCCAGCAGAGGACAUGGCCUUGGAGCUAAAUAAAGGCAGGCCCGUCUUAGAGGGGAUCCCUGGGGGGAAAGAGACGAGCAUAGGUUUCUCCCAAGAUGCCACCCGCUUCAUUCAAGUGUCUGGCAGCACUGUGUUCCUGUUAGAGCCACCAGCACAAGCACCAGACGAUGCUGAUCCAGGUGAAAGCCCCAGUGCAGCAGCAACAGCACAUGAUGGAGACGAUGAUGAGGAGGAGACCAUCUCUCUGGAUUCCAGAAGGCAUGAGGACCCAGAUGCUAUACAGUGGGAAAACCAGCCUGGCAACAUAAGCUCACAAGCUAUCAGAAAGUUGUAUGGCAACCAACUCCGGCGCCAAAUAGAACUGGCAGACAUAGACAUUCAGUACAAGAAGAAAAAGAUGGAAAAUCUUGCACUGGAGUCCGACAUAAAAAAGAGGACAAUUAGGAAACUGGACCUUGAAAUAAAAAAACUUGAGAGGGAGGUGAGAUAUGCCUUCAAUGUACACUGUAUGCUAACUGUAACACAAAUGUAUUAAUCAUUAUUUUUCUUUCCUCCCCCAGCUCCAAGAAGAUGACACAGCUCAAAAUAAAAAUUAGGUAUAUUCUCGUAAAGUCAAGUGAGCCAUGACAUAUGAGCUCUUAUUGUGAGCACACAGGACGGUGGCAUCUUUCUAAGGUUUUUUUUAUUUUCCCAGCAAUCAGUACAACCAAGUC